GGAGCCUGGCCGUCGCAGAUUUCCCUGCAGUAUUAUUCCGGCGGACAGUGGUAUCACACCUGUGGCGGGACGUUGCUGAGGCCGAACUGGGUGGUCACUGCAGCUCACUGUGUGAGCAGAGCCCUGACUUUCCGGGUGGUGGUCGGCGAACACAACCUCAAUGAAAACGACGGCACCGAGCAGUAUCUGAGGGUGGGGAAAAAGUUCAUCCACCCAUAUUGGGACAAGAACAAUGCAGCCACAGGCUACGACAUCGCUCUGCUCCGCCUCUCCCAGAGCGCGACUCUGAACGACUACGUGCAGCCGGGCGCUCUGCCCAGAGCAGGCCAGGUUCUGCCAAACAACUAUCCCUGCUACAUCACCGGCUGGGGCUUGACCAGCACCAACGGAGAGCUGCCUGCAAUCCUGCAGCAAGCUUUGGCCUCCGUCGUGUCUUACGAAAUCUGCUCCACUCCACCAUACUGGGGCAAUACAGUCAAGAAAACCAUGGUGUGCGCUGGUGGGGACGGCAUCACCUCUGGGUGCCAGGGUGAUUCGGGGGGCCCAUUGUACUGCCAAGUGAAUGGCAGGUGGUACGUCCAUGGAGUUACCAGUUUUGUCUCCAUCUUCGGCUGUAACGUCUACCAGAAGCCCACGGUGUUCACCCGGACAUCUGCCUACAUUUCCUGGAUAAGUAAUAUAAUCAACUCCAACUGAAGAGGCUUAACAGCUGGGAUCCACCUCAGAGAAGAACCCCUUUCGCUAAUCGCAAUAUGCGCCCACGCUCCCCGUCUU